GCUUGGUUGCUUGAUCCACUCUUCGAGCGAGAGAGAGAGAGAGAGAGAUCGCAGCGGCGACGGAGAGAAGAAGCAAGAAUUUCUGGUCAGAGUGACACAUGGCGACGCUUCAGACAUCUUGGAGAAAGGCUUAUGGUGCUCUCAAAGACAGCACCAAAGUCGGCCUUGCCAAAGUUAACAGCGAUUUGAAGGACGUGGAUGUUGCGAUCGUGAAGGCAACAAAUCACGUCGAAUGCCCUCCCAAGGAGAGACAUAUCAGAAAAAUCUUGCCUGCUACCUCAGUGAUUCGGCCGCGAGCGGAUGUUGUUUACUGUAUUCAUGCUCUUUCCAGGCGAUUGGCUAAGACUCACAAUUGGACGGUGGCAUUAAAGACAUUAAUAGUUAUACAUAGAUUGGUGAGGGAGGGUGACCCUAGUUUCCGUGAAGAGCUUCUAAAUUUUUCACAGAGAGGGCGAAUUCUCCAGUUAUCCAAUUUCAAAGAUGAUUCAAGCCCAAUAGCUUGGGAUUGCUCUGCAUGGGUUCGUACUUAUGGACUAUUCUUGGAGGAAAGACUGGAAUGUUUUAGGGUCUUGAAGUAUGAUAUUGAAGCUGAGCCUCUCGCAAGACCUACCCAAGGGCAGGAGAAGGGUCACAGUAGAACCAGGGAUCUUGACAGUGAAGAAUUGUUGGAGCAGUUGCCAGCUUUGCAACAGCUGCUGUACCGUCUUAUUGGAUGCCGGCCAGAAGGAGCUGCUGUUGGAAAUUACGUAAUACAAUAUGCCCUGGCACUGGUACUCAAAGAGAGUUUUAAACUCUAUUGUGCCAUUAAUGAUGGUAUCAUCAAUCUUAUUGAUAAGUUUUUUGAGAUGCCAAGACAUGAAGCCAUGAAAGCCCUGGAAAUCUAUAAACGAGCUGGCCAGCAGACUGGAGGCCUUUCUGAUUUCUACGAAGUGUGCAGAGGAUUGGAACUUGCGAGAAAUUUUCAGUUUCCUGUUUUGAGAGAGCCUCCACAGUCAUUUCUCGCAACCAUGGAAGAAUACAUAAAAGAAGCACCUCGUAUGGUUUCGAUUUCAACUGAGCAAUUGGAAUUUCCAGAGAGAUUACUUCUAACUUACAAACCAGAAGAAGCUCCUUCUCCUGAUGAUGCAAUACCUCCAGUGGAGGAACCAAAGCCACUUCCUUCAGUUGAGGUUGCUGCUGCACCUACUGAGAUUACUCCUGAAGUUACUCCUCCACCUAAUAGCCUCGACACUGGAGAUCUUCUGGGAUUAAAUGCUACAAUUCCUGAUGCAUCUGCGAUAGAGGAAAGCAAUGCAUUGGCUUUAGCCAUUGUUCCAUCUAAUGAUACUGCAUCAUAUCAUUCUGGUUCUGUUCAAGCAAUGGAUCUGGAUCCUACUGGAUGGGAGCUUGCACUGGUUACUACUCCAAGCAGCAAUUUAUCUACAGUUAAUGAUAGACAAUUGGCUGGUGGAUUGGAUACACUCACUCUCAACAGCUUGUAUGAUGAAGGUGCAUAUAGAGCUGCUCGGCAACCUGCUUAUGGAGUGCCAGCUCCAAAUCCUUUCGAAGUACAGGAUCCAUUUUCUUUUUCAAACAGCAUUCCUCCCCCACCAGCCGUUCAAAUGGCAGCAAUGGCUCAGCAACAGCCAAAUCCCUUUGCACAAUAUCAGCCCACCUUUCAUCAUCAGCAGCAGCAGCAGCAGCAACAUCAGCAUCUGAUUAUGGGCCCAUCAAAUCCAUUUGGUGAUGCAGGCUUCGGGGCCUUUCCUGUGAACCCGGCUCUUCACCCGCAGAGUAAUAAUCCUUUUGGGACCACUGGCCUGUUAUAGCUGUAGUAUGAGAUACAUACACUGUAAUCUACCGGCACCUAUGCAGAGCUUUCUGUAUUUAAUCAAUGUCAGUGUGCAGCCUGAGCCGUAUGUUGGUUUGAGUAGCGGGCAGAAGACGGAAGACGGAGUCGCAUUUGGAAUAUACAGGAUGUGUAAGAUUUUUAGAUGUUAAUAUAAUUCAUUACAGUGUCACCAAGUUAGUGUAAAGUGUACUUGCAAUUUAGAUCAUUCUUUCCUUGUCCAAA